AUGACCAAGGGUCUAGAGAAAGAAAAGCUGAACAUUUUGAAACAGAUUGACCUCUUGAAAGAGACUAUGCGUAACCCUAUCCAGGAAGCCAAUGACUCAAACCAGGUGGGUAAUCAGUGUGAUGACAAUCAGGACAUUGAUGAGGAUGGCAAUGAUGGUGUUUCUGAUGAGAAGGACAAUUGCCGUUUUGUCCCCAACCCUGACCAGAUCAAUGCCAAUGGUGACAGCAGAGGUGACAACUGCAAGGACAACUUUGACAACAACAUCCCAGACAUCUAUGACAUGUGCCCCGCAAACAGCGCCUUCAGUGAGACUAGCCUGGGGAAGCUCCAAAGGGGACGAUGCAGAUCGUUCCUAACUGGGUGGUGCGCAACACGGGCAGGGAGUUAUUUCAGGCCGCCAACUCUGACCCUGGCCUUGCUGUUGGAUUUGAGGAGUUCAACACCAUCAACUUCAGUGGCACCUUCUACAUCAAUACAGACUACAAUCUAUGCUAGCUUUGUCUUUGGCUUCCAGUCCAGCAGCUGCUUCUACGUGGUAAUGUGA